UCCACGAUGUCUUGUUGUUAUCCUCAACUAACCAAGUUUAGAAAAAUAAAAUAAUUUAUGUAAAAUCGUGCAAUCGUUUGUAACGUAAAAUAUUUUUAAAGACUGUUUAAUAAUAUAGAAGUAAGCAAUGCCAAAAUAUUACUGUGAUUAUUGUGACACGUACUUGACACACGACUCGCCGAGUGUACGAAAAACCCACUGUCAGGGUCGAAAACAUAAAGACAAUGUCAAAUAUUUCUAUCAGAAAUGGAUGGAGGAACAAGCCCAACAUCUAAUUGACGCCACAACGGCAGCAUUCAAAGCAGGAAAAAUUGCAUCCAAUCCGUUCGCAGCAAACAAGGGUGCAGCAAUUCCACCACCGCCGAAUCUUGGACCUCGACCCGGAGUACCACCCCAAGGUCCACCAGGUAUGAUGCCGCCUCCAGGAAUGCAUCCUGGUGGACCAAUGGGUCCAGGAGGUCCGAUGAUGAUGGGACCCCAUGGACCAAUGCCUCCGAUGAUGGGUAUGAGGCCACCGAUGAUGGGUCCUAUGGGGCCAAUGGGACCGAUGAUGGGACCUAUGGGACCAAUGGGUCCAAUGAGACCCCCAAUGAAUGGACCACCACCACCUAUAGGAGGGCCACCACCAAUGAAGAAAUAAUGAAAAGAAUGUGUAUUAUAUUUUUAUUAUUCUAAUUAUAUUAAUACAUGUAAUUCAUUAAACAUAUGCACGUAUAACUAACAGAGUAACAAUAUUUUUAGAACGCUGAAAUACAUACAUUUUUACAUUGCUUACAGGCUAUAUAAAUUUAAGUAAAAUCGUAACUUGAAUCAGGAUCUUUAUACAGGUAUUAUACCAUCAAAGCUAUACCAAAAGCGAUUAUUAUCGAAAUAAAUAUCGAUCAAUAUUACUUCGAAUGUAGAAGUUCAGUCCAACGACCUUUCCCGCUUUUGUUGCCGAACUCGUAGACAGAUCUUCAUUCGUUUAUAUUUUAAAUCUUCUUUAUUACCAAAUGUGCUAUUCUAUUCCAGUAAACGAUAAACUAACCGUGAGAAUCCUAUUCUGAAAUACAAUGUCUAUCGUAAAAAGAUAAUACUUCAUGUUUUUGUGUUAGAACAAUUUGGGUUUUAGGUCUCUACCUAAAAUAAAUUUUGGUAAUUUUAAGAAAUAGUAAAAUUGAUAAAAUUACCGGUGUUUCUAUAUUUCAGUUUCUAUAAGGAUUAUAAUAAUAAAAUACGGGUAUAAGUCCUCAAUUUGAACACGAUUUUGUACAUGAUAAAAUACCUCAUUAUCAAUAAAUGAUACUUAUCAUUAACUAAAACUAGUUAGAAUAUUGAAGUACAGGUUAACCCACGGUUUUUCCAUCAAAUUGUGAAAUUUUAAUUCAGAGGUUAAAAGGAGAAAAAAAUGUUAUUUUAGAGCUAGACACAAAUAUUUAUCAUCUAUUAUAUUUCAUAUUGUACUAUUUUAAAAAUAUUUCAAAAUGAUGUACAUACUGCUUGGAAGCAAACUCAACAUGAGAAUAAAGCAUUUAUUUAUAAACAUGUGUACCAUUUCUUUUUCUUUUCGACCUCUGGAUUAAAUUCUCACAGUUUGGUAGAAAAACUAUGAAACACCCUCCACAAAUAUUAUGUACAUAUAUAUUUUGAAUAUGUAAUAAACA